AUGGGCUCAAAAAUAUUUCUUCAGUGUUUAUCAGCAAUUAAAAAUUUUCAGGCGUCCAACUCACUUUUUCUAAAAGGCCAAACUCUUUUGAGACAUAAAUGGCUAAUAUCCAAUGUCUUUCUAUGUGGAGGCACGAGUUUCGUUGCCGAUGUCACCUCUCAAUACAUUUGCCGAGACCAUGAGAAGUUUCAAAUUGAAUGGGAUCGAGUGUGUGCAUUCACAGCAACCUCGAUAGUCUUAGCGCCGGCUGUGCACUAUUGGUACAUCUUCCUUGACAAUGUUGCCAUAGGAACAUCAGCUAUCGCGAUUGCAAAGAAAUUGGCCUAUGACAGUCUUAUUUUCUCGCCUCUCUAUAUUUUGUUGUUCUACUGUUGCCAAAGUAUCUUUGAAAGGAGGGAUUUCUACGAAUGCUUCCAUAAACUACAUACCAACGGCCCAAUCCUCUGGUUAUCGGAAAGCAUAAGCUGGAUUCCCAUCCAGAUUGUAAAUUUCCGCUUUGUAGCUCUAAGAUAUCGUGUUUUAUAUGACAAUGUGAUCUCUUACUGCUUCGAUACACUGUACUCUUCUGUUUAUCAUACAGAUGAAAUUCUACCACUUCACUAUUAG